AUGAGUUCAGAUUCUAAUAAUAGUGUGAUCAAAAGGAAAAUUGUCAUUGUUGGUGACGGUGCCUGUGGAAAGACAUCGUUGCUAUACGUGUUUACUCUAGGGGAGUUUCCAACUGAAUAUCAUCCAACAGUUUUUGAAAAUUAUGCAACAGAUUGUCGUGUAGACGGCAAACCUGUUCGGUUGACCCUUUGGGAUACUGCUGGCCAGGAAGAAUAUGAAAGACUAAGGCCCUUAUCUUAUUCUAAAGCACAUAUAAUUCUUAUUGGAUUUUCUCUAAAUGCCCCUGAUUCGUUGGAAAAUGCAGCUGUCAAGUGGGCACAGGAGGUUAAACAGUACUGCCCUAAUGCGCCCAUAAUACUAGUGGGCCUAAAAAAAGAUUUACGGCCCGUUGAUGACGGUACCGAUCCUGAUUAUUCUUCGAAGUACGUGAAGUAUCAAGAUGCGGAACGUGUAGCACAUUACAUUGGUGCUAAGAAGUACAUUGAAUGUUCAUCUUUGACCGGUGAAGCUGUUGAUGAUGUUUUUGAAGUUGCAACCAGAGCAAGCUUGAUUGCAAGACCAGUUACAAGAGAAGCAAAAGCAGGAUGUUGUACGAUCUGCUGA